CUUGCCGGAAGCACCUCCCAUCCGCUUCUCUCUCCACCGGUUUUUGAACACACUGUUGCGAGCAAGACAAACAACUAGCGAAGCAAAGCGCUCACCGCCCUGCAGCUAGCAACCACCGAGCCCCGGCACCGCGGCUAGGGUUUCCCCCGAUCGGGCAUUGCGGAGGCCUCAAGCCACACCCCGCGCGGCAGAUUCGGAGCUCCGCGGCGGGGGGCUCCUGGGCAGUCUCGUCUGAUUUGGAUGUUGGGUUGCGGCGCCGGGGCUCAGAUCUGAGAUGUCCGACGGCGCCGGCGAGGAGGGGAAUGCCUCGGCGCACAAGGGCUCCGCGCGGCGCCGGGGGCCAGCGCAGGUGGGCCUGGAUGCGGACGAGCUCCUCACGCUGAUGCACGGGUCGGAUCCAGUCAAGGUCGAGCUCAACCGGCUCGAGAAUGAAGUGAGGGACAAGGAUAGGGAGCUGUGCGAGGCGCACGCGGAGAUAAAAGCGCUGCGGCUGUCGGAGAGAGCGAGGGAGAAGGCCGUCGAGGAGCUCACUGCUGAAUAUGAGAAGCUGGAUGAGAAACUCAAGUUGACAGAGUCUCUCCUUGAAAGCAAAAACCUAGAACUCAAGAAAACAAAUGAUGAGAAAAAAGCUGCUAUGGCUGCUCAGUUUGCGGCCGAAGCAACACUACGAAGAGUACAUGCAGCUCAAAAGGAUGAUGAUAUGCCUCCUAUUGAAGCCAUUCUUGCACCACUUGAAGCAGAGUUAAAGCUUGCUAGGCAAGAGAUUACAAAGCUGCAGGAUGACAAUAGAGCUUUAGACCGUUUAACAAAACAAAAAGAGGCAGCACUACUAGAAGCAGAAAGGACUGUACAAAUUGCAUUGGCCAAAGCUGCUAUGGUUGAUGACAUGCAAAACAAGAACCAAGAGUUGAUGAAGCAAAUCGAGAUCUGCCAGGAAGAGAAUAAGAUCUUGGACAGGUUGCACCGCCAAAAAGUUGCGGAAGUAGAAAAGCUGAGUCAAACUGUGAGAGAGCUGGAAGAGUCUGUUCUUGCUGGUGGUGCAGCUGCCAAUGCUGUUAGAGAUUACCAACGGAAAGUUCAAGAAAUGAAUGAAGAAAGGAAACUUCUUGAUCGUGAACUUGCUCGGACAAAAGUUACCGCAAACAGGGUAGCUGUUGUAGUUGCAAAUGAGUGGAAAGAUGCUAAUGACAAAGUAAUGCCUGUUAAGCAGUGGCUUGAAGACCGCAGGUUCCUGCAGGGUGAGAUGCAGCAACUUCGUGACAAACUUGCUAUUGCAGAGCGAGCGGCCCGAUCUGAAGCUCAACUAAAGGAAAAGUAUCAGUUGCGCCUAAAAGUUUUAGAAGACGGGUUGAGGGGGCCACCGAGUGGUUCAAGUCGUCCUCCUACUGAAGGAAAGGGCAUAAGUAAUGGACCUCCCCGUAGGCUUUCACUAGGUGGUUCUGAUAGUAUUUCCAAAGUCUCUCCAAACAGUGUGUUAAUAAGGAGAUCUCCAUCUUCCAAUUCAAGAUCGGCUCUCUCUAGCAGCAGCAGUAUGGUCCUGAAGCAUGCAAAAGGAACUUCAAGGUCAUUUGAUGGUGGUACCAGGUCAUUAGACCGGGCAAAAGUUCUUGGGAACGGACCUCAUUCACUCAAUAGAUCUACAGAUGCUGUUAAAGAUUGUGAAAUGACUGAUAAUUGGAAGGCUAAUGCAGAAGAAAAAAACAAUGAAACCACAAAAAGUGAUUCAAGUGACAUGGUCUCUGGCGUACUCUAUGACAUGCUGCAAAAGGAGGUAGUUUCCUUGAGAAAGGCAUGCAAUGAGAAAGACCAAAGUCUAAAGGACAAGGAUGAUGCAAUUGAGAUGUUAGCAAAGAAAGUAGAUACAUUAAAUAAAGCAAUGGAAGUGGAGGCAAAGCGGAUGAGGCGAGAGAUGGCUGUUAUGGAGAAAGAAUUUGCUGCUGUGCGCCUGAAGAAGGAACAAGAAAACAAAGCCGAACGACCUGGUAAUAUUAAAGGACCUGGAACUUCUUCUCAGACACUUUCUGGAAGAGCUGUGCCACGGGGUGGGUUGACGCGCAAUCUCCAAUAACAUGACCUCUAACAUCAGGCAGCAUGGAAUUCUUGGAUAGGCUUUAUCUCCUAUUGGAUUUGUUCCCCUUGUCCUACUCAUUUUGUGAUGAAAUAGCACAGAUGGCCCUGCGUACCUAGAUUGGGGAAAAAGUAGGUUUGCAUCUGACACGACUUUCUUUAAUGUAGUGGAGGUAAUCCUUCGGUAGGGUUUAACCUUGGGGCACGCUCUCAUUUUGUCGAGGCAGUGCACGUUGUGGUUGUAUAGGUUGGACGGUCUUGCAAUAUGUAGUUGAGCUAGUGUGUGUGCUUUUUGCAUGUCCGGGCUAUGAAUAUUCUUUGUAUUCUGCUAUGGUCUCCUUUCUACUCUGUUUGCCCUUGGAAUUGGCUCCUGGGACACCGUUUGUAUAACCAUCUUGUUCAACGUCGAGCUGAAUCGGAAUGGAGUGGUUUACCAUUUGAUGA